AUUGCUCCAAUCUUAUCGUCAAGAUCUAUGAAUUUAUUUAAUAUGUACAUAUAUACAUAUAUGCAUAUAUAUAAUGAAUAAUGUACAGAAUCACAAAGGCAAUAAUUCUGUAUCAUUAAAGCUUCGCAAAUAAUGCGACGUAUUAAAUAACACACCCACAUCAAUGUUCUGUAUCAGUUCUCGUACAGACUUGAUACCGAGUACAUCAAAUACUCGAGUGUAAAAUUAUUAUAUCAACAAUAAUACAGCAAUUGUUCGUGAGUUAAACAAAUAUUCAUUCUAUUCAAGAUGAGAUUAAAUUCAAUAAUUCCAAAUUUCCAAGCCGAUACCACUAAAGGUCCCAUUGACUUUUAUGAGUGGCAAGGAGACUCCUGGGUAGUAAUAUUUUCACAUCCGGCCGAUUUUACGCCAGUAUGUACGACAGAACUUGGACGUAUCGCUGUCCAUUAUCCUCAUUUUAAAAAGCGGAAUGUUAAAUUACUGGCACAUUCUGUUGAUAAACUCAAGGAUCACGUUGAUUGGGUCAAUGAUAUUAAAUCAUAUUGCCAAGAUAUUCCCGGAGAUUUCCCAUACCCAAUAAUUGCUGAUGACGACCGCAGUUUGGCUGUUAAAUUGGACAUGAUCGAUGAAGAAUCUAAAGAUGAUCCUGAAAACGCAAUAACUGUACGCGCGCUUUAUAUUGUAAGUCCUGAUCAUCGUUUACGUCUGAGUAUGCAAUAUCCUACUUCAACUGGUCGUAAUGUCGACGAAAUUCUACGUGUCAUUGAUUCAUUGCAACUCGUAGACCGUAAGCCGCAAAUUGCAACCCCGGCUAAUUGGACUCCUGGAGAAAAAGUUAUGAUACUACCGACAGUUGAUGAUAGCGAGUUAUCAUCAUUAUUUCCCGGGGGUGUUGAUAAAGUUUUGAUGCCUUCUGGUAAAGUUUACGUCCGUACUACAACCGAUUAUUAAAUUACUUAUUUUCCUUCAUUUUUUAAAAUUUAUUAUUUAGUCUGUUAUUUUUUUUAAUCCUUUCAAAUUAAUAUUUUUUUUAUUAAAUUAAUUAAUACGAUGCUGUAAGAUGGAGUAAAUUUAUCAAGGUCAUCAAGUGACGAUAAUCGACCGGUCUAAGGUCUAAUCCAAUGAAAGCCGAAAGAAUUUUUUAUACAAAAAGUAUGAGAUCUUUCAAACCUGAGAUUCGUUCCAUCACCGACUUUUGAAUUUGAUUUAGUUUAAAAAUUUGAAUUUAAAUUUAAUUUGGUUUAAAAAUUUGAAUUUGAAUUUAAUUUGAUUUAAAAGUUUGAAUUUGAAUUUAAUUUGAUUUAAAAAUUUGAAUUUGAAUUUAAUUUGAUUUAAAAAUUUGAAUUUGAAUUUAAUUUGGUUUAAAAAUUUGAAUUUGAAUUUGAUUUAGUUUAAAAAUUUAAAUUUGAAUUUAAAUUUUACUAAAUUGACCAGAUAUGGAAUUACCCAGUCUAAUAAGAUAUACCAUAAAAAAAAAGUAACGACAAUUUAAAGUUCCAGAUUCGAAUCCUGACAGCGCCAUUUUUUUUAUUUUUAAAAAUAUUAAUAACUAAAAAUUAUCUUUAUAUUUUUAAAUAAAAAUAAAAAAAAAUUUUUUAUUCUCCAUAGAUAACUAAUUUUAAAAAAAUGUAUACCAGUUAUGUAAUUUGAAUUUGAAUAAAUAGUAAAAAUAAUAACUU